CUUUCCGUGCCCGUCUCACCUUUUCUUUCCCUUCCUUCUUGUCACCGAAUUCCGCACCAGAAACUUAUCCCAAGGUCCAGAAAGGGUCCUAUCUGCUCAAGCUCAAGCUCAAGCUCCAGCUCUAUCUAAUACCUUGUCUCCUGCGCCUCGCAUUAUCUCUUUGCGGCCCUUGCUACAGCCAGCCACGUGUCGAUCAUUGCUUGCUCCAGAGCUGAGCUCCCUCUCUCAAGAGACUCCACCAGACUCUCAUCACAUCCUCAGAAACAGAGACCAGAGGUCAAGAUGCCUCCAGGUCAGCCGCUGUACGUUUUGUUUCUCCGCUUGUCUCACUGAGCUCUGGUUUCCUUCGCUCUCGGCCUACACACCGCAUUCAUCCCUACACCCACAUACCUCGUAUGUUACGCACACACAGCUGCUUCCACUACCACAGCCCCAAAGAACGCUACCUGUUUGAAUCCGUUCCAUCCCUUCAGCUGCAUGAGUUGCAGCACUAGUAAGCGCACUGGUCCGGAGCCCAGCCCAGCCAAGUGGUGGUGGUGGUGCUACAGACGCAGAUGUACCCUACUUGCGUACCAAUGUUGCCUCCGCCAACUUGAGACUUUUUGUGCUCCCCUUCCUGAACCUGGGGCGGGGUGCCAGUCACAGAGACAAGGUGUGAGUUUGGCUUGCUGGAAGCAUGUGCGUACCAUUGUUCUCUUUCCCCAAAUCGUCGUCCGUGGCUUGCGUCUGAAAACUCCCCUCUUCUUGCCCGCCGUCAUUCCAUCCUGGAUAGAGAGCUGUUACCGGCCUCCCCGAUUCUUCUUGCCGUAUCUUUAUAUGCCACUGUAGCAUUGCAAACCUGCGCCCUCGCGCGACAGACGUCCAGUGGCUUUGUACAGGAGCAUCCACAGACCUCACACUUCCCAACGUUCAUCCUCGUAUCUCUUGCAUAAUGUCCCGACGACCACCGUCGCUGGAAUCAAUAGGCUCUCGUGGCUCCGUGGGCUCUCCUAUUGACCCAAGGUUUAGGAAGAAGGUUGCCGUCGUCGGCAGUGGAGCCGCAGGUAUCGCGGCUCUCUGGGCUCUCAACCGAAGCUAUCAUGACGUUUAUAUGUACGAGGCAUCAUCAAGGUUAGGAGGACACACAAAUACGGUGACUUGGAAGAACGGCAAAUAUGAGACUCGUGUCGACACCGGCUUCAUCGUCCUCAACACCGCCACAUAUCCAAACUUUAUCAACUUCUUGAAGAGGGUCAAGGUGGACACCGUUCCGACCGAGAUGACAUUUGGCGUCACUCGUGACCAUGGCUUAUUCGAAUGGGCUGGUAAAAGUCUAGACUCCAUCUUCGCUCAGAGGAAAAACAUCUUCUCGCCGCGGAUGUGGAGGAUGAUCUUUGAUAUCAUUCGUUUCAACCAAUUUGCACUAGACCUGUUAAUGGCGGAGGAUGACAACGAUGCCGCUGCGAUGAACGGGUAUAGCAAAGGAGGCAAGAGAGAGGAAACGAUAGGCGAGUACCUCGAUAGAGAAGGUUACUCAGAUGCCUUCAGAGACGACUACCUAAUUCCUAUGACCGCCGCCGUAUGGAGCACAAGCCCGGAUAAGUGCACGCUGAACUUCCCAGCUGUCACUCUGGUUCGCUUCAUGUGGAACCAUCAUCUCCUGUCAACGGUUGCGACAAGACCGGAGUGGCUCACAUUGAAAAAGUGCGGCAAAUCCUACAUCGAUGCUGUCAUGAGCGGAUUCCCGUCAAAUCACCUCUUCCUCAACACGCAGGUCACUCAGGUUACCAGCGAGGAGGACGGCAGAGUUCGUGUCCACACUCACAACGGCAAGUCCGACGUUUACGACCAUGUUAUCUUGGCGACGCACGGAGAUCAGGCCUUGAGAAUUAUCGAGGGAUCAGCCACGCCUGAGGAGAAGGAGAUUCUUUCCGCCUUCCAAACGUCCGAGAACUCGGUUAUCCUCCAUUCCGAUAUUUCACACAUGCCAGCGUCUGAGAAGGCAUGGUCUAGUUGGAAUUACCUGACCCUGUCAUCGCCCUCCACCGGCAAGCAGAACAUUGACCAGGUUUCGUUGACCUACAACAUGAACAUCAUUCAGCAUAUCCCCAGGGAGACCUUCGGAGACGUCCUCGUCACGAUGAACCCCUUGCACCAGCCGAACCCAGACACGAUCCAGGCGUCAUUCACAUACCGUCAUCCUCUUUACACACCUGCCGCCGUCCGAGCACAGAAGCUUCUUCCACGCAUCCAGAACAAGAGGGGUAUCAGUUACGCGGGGGCAUGGACAAAGUACGGUUUCCACGAGGAUGCCUUUAGCAGUGGACUCCAUGCCGCACAGGACCACCUCUAUGCCAAACUCCCAUUCCAAUUUGUCGACUCUACGUAUAGCCGAGGGAGGAAACCGUCCUUGGGACUUGCCGACUUGCUGGUACGACUCGUCAUCGUUUUAAUUCAGGUGUUUGUCAUUAGAGUACUGGAAAGAGCGGCAGGCGCAGCUGAGACUGCAAUUUACGGGCGUCGAAAUGGGUGGAGGAGGUCUUUGAAGAGUGGCAAAGCUGCCUGAACCGGCGUGAUGGCACUUGGCGUUAAACUGCUUCGUAUGGCUUGGCGAGAUCAACAGCAUCAAGCCGGUGGAAAUCAUAGUAAAUAAUCAACAAAACGUUUAAUACUAAGGCAACCC